AUGAUACAGCAUAAAAGUAUACCAUCAUCGUCUUCCUAUCAUUCAACUUCAGAGGCGGGUCCCUCGUCUCAACAUGUUCAAUCACCACCGACACCUAUCUCACCGACUAAUCCUACUCGACUACCGACACAUGUACAGGCGAUCCACGACUUCGACCCAUCUCUGCUGGCCUCAACUUCAUCCUCCAAUGUCAACAUGUAUCUCAGUUUCAACGCGGGAGAGAUCAUCAGAGUACACGUGAGGGAUGCGACCGGUUGGUGGGAUGGUGAGAUCAGCGGGUCAUCCAGAUGGGCCAACGAAGGGGAAGAUAAUACUAUGAAAGGACUAAGAAGAGGCUGGUUCCCCAGUAACUACGUAAGAGAGAUGGGAUGGGACGGAUCAUUUCAUCGACGAGACGAGUCCUCGGCGACUAGCAAUGCUUCUGUGACCAGUCCCACCGCCAGGCAUCGAGAGAGCGCUCAUGCGCAUACACAAUCACAUUCAUCCCAUGCUCGACAUACCUCGGCUGCCUCUCAUCAUUCCAGAGCGUCCACAUCAACUUCAGUGUCUCAUCAAACCCCUUCUCCUGCGACGUCCAACGAUCCUACCAAUUUCGAUCCGUCCUUUCAGACCCUCAUGCACCCUAUCGUACAGUCCCUCUCACUGCUGGAAUCUGCCAUCCACUCCAACCGCAAACCGCACAUUCAACCUGCUACAGCUUGCGUCAUAUCCUCAAUUCGAGCAGCACUCAUGCAGACCGACUGUCUGAGCAAAGAAUCAACCACUCUUGUCUCAUGGCCAGUCCUCGCUAGAGAACGGAAGAUAGUCCUGAUGGAACUUUCCAAAUUAGUAGCUUGUGCCAAGACAGCCGGCAGCCUGGAAGGAACAAAGGAUCAGGAUGAUAGUAAGGAAUUAGAAGCCUUAGCAAAAGCUGCAAGAGGAGUAUUUGCAUCAGUGAAGCGAUUUUUACAUAUAGCGAAUGAAUAUGGAGUCACUGUCACCCUCGUAGAGAACUCUCAAGAGGAAGGCUCCGAAGGAUCAGCAAUUGCGAAGGAUUCAUCAACCACUGCGUCCUCUCACACUUCCGCUGGUUCAGUCGACGAUACCGAUCAGUCCACUAUUGGUAAACACCGCGUCAACGCUUCAUCAAGCGGUAACGCUCGACUUCAGGAGGCGUUCCGCAAUAGAGCAGCCAGUAUUGGUGAUCUACGUGCAGCUCGUCGAAGAGCGGGUAGCCCCCCUCCGCCCUUACCUACCGCCUCCAUCAUCGCUUCAAGCUCUCGUAUAGGUCGAGAGAGAUCACCCUCGGUCAUGCAUACCCCCAUGUCAGCGACCUUCUCUCAAAGCUCAGGUCGAUCUUCGCCCAUCGCCAGCAAGUCAUUCCGCGAUCGACGAGUCCAGGGAAGUAUGGACAGUACAUUCAGUCAAGCUACAGCCGCUUCGUCCGAAGACACUCACACGCCUUGGGAAGACACCACACCGGUCCCGACACCGCAGGCAACAGUGGUCAAUCGUCAACUGGGAUCUGUAGCUGAUGUGCACGAGGCGAUCGGUCACGCUGAAGAUGCUUUAUUAUCGAUCAUUGCCGCUUUCAUCGGUCAUAUCCAUUCCCACAAUAUCAGCUCUCACCCAUCAAGUCAUGCUCAUCUGAUCGAGAUGACGAGAGAAACGAUAGACAGCGUGAGAGAACUGCUUACGAUCGUAGAGGCUGUCGGAAGAAACGUCGGAGUUCGGCAUAAAAGACCAAGGGAGAUAGAAGCUUUGAGAAUCGCUAAAGACCAAUUAUAUGAGGUCGCAUCGAAAUUGGUAGAAAGCGCCGAGAUCGUUGCCAACGCACCUUUUUCCGAAUUUGGCGAAGACAGCUACGACGUUGAGAAAGCCCGUCUACUCCAGUCUGCUACCGGUACAUUGCGAUCGGGAAAAGAAUGUGUUCGUUUGGUUAAACUCUGCUUACCUGAAGAUGAAAAUGUGCAUCUUCAUGCGACACCCCGUCAGAUUGAUGUUCAUGGCCGACAGUCAACCCCUCGACCUUCACAUACCCAUGAAGCUCCACUAAUAAUGCGAGAGAAACCGGUCGGAGCGAGAGGUGUACAUACUCUGUCUGGAUUGCAUAGGAAGGCCACCAGUCUUAGCACUUUGCAGAAGCGUUAUCAGCACGAUGAAUCAAUCGCGCAAGCUCCCAUGGAGGAGGAGGAAGAUGUGGAGACUGAGGAGGAAGAGGAAGAUCAAGAAGUGGUUCAGGAUUUCAGCAAAGAUGAGGAUCUGACGAUGCGUCCUAACAUGCAGCCCAUGCUCGGAGCACCAUCACGACCAACCUUACAACAGCAUCAUACAACGCCCGGACUCAUCACGACCACUCGUCGACCCUCGAAAGAGUUACUCAAAGCACUCGACGAAACAAACAAUUCUGGACCUCGAAGUCGAUCAUCCAGCUUGACCUCUCCAGCCCCACCGAGGAUCAAACAUCGAUCGCCGUCUCGUUCAGCUGAUCUCGACAAGUUCACAGCUGACUAUGACAUCCCAAUGGAGCCUCAAAGGCGCGCUCCUAAGGGGACCUUAUCUGCAUCCUCGAGGCUGUCAACGUACACCUCUGCUAGCUCGCAAGUAUCGGUCACAUCCACUGCUCCUACCUCGAUUCGAUCAUCCGAUGUGAGCGAAUUCAACGCGGUCCUUCCUCAGACCCCAUCGGUCCAUGAUGUUCCAGCUUUCGGUGCACUCAAAGUCGAGAUUCCCUCAGCCUCUCAUGAGUUAUCUCAAGCGACCGAUAAACUUGCUCUGGUCGACGAGACUCCCGUCAAGACGCAAGCCAACCUCCGUCCUGCAGCUCCUGUACGGAGUGUCACUGCUCCCAUGCCAACCGCCAAUGCCGAUGUCCGAUUCUGGGUAGUAGCCCACGAUUAUGAUCCUCGCGAGAUCGCUUUCAACUCGGACGGGGCUAUCGUCGGAGCUUCUUUAGCUGUAUUGGUAGAGAAGAUGACACCUCAGGAUGGACCUGUAGAUCCAACCUUUAAUGCCACUUUCUUCUUUACAUUCAGAUUAUUCACCACGCCCGGUCGACUGCUCGAGGCUAUCAUGAGCCGCUACGAUCUGCAACCACCAGCCGCUAUGGUCUUCGGGGAGAAAGAAAGGGCGAUAUGGAUCGAGAGAAAAGUUGUUCCCGUCAGAUUGCGGAUAUACAAUUUCCUGAAGUCAUGGCUUGACCAACACUGGAGAGAAGAAACUGAUGAUGUGAUCUUGGAUACUCUGCAAGUUUUCGCUAAAGACGUUGUCUCGGUCACAUUACCAGCUAUGGGACCAAGAUUGGCGGAUGCCGUCCGACGAAAGAUGAAUGGACCGACGUCAGCCGUUUCAGAUCGUUCAUCUAUCCAUCGACCGGUCUCAAUGGACCGUAUGAGAAGUAUCAGUCAAUCUGGAUUGUUACAUCCUCCAUCUAUAUCUGGUGGUCUGCCACCUACACCAGUAAUCAGCAAGAACCUCCAUUCAUUCCUUCAAAAAGCCAGUGCGGCGGGAAGUAAUAUCAACAUUACGGAAUUUGAUACGUUGGAGUUAGCUCGUCAGUUCACCAUUAUGGAAAGUAAGAUGUUCUGCGCGGUCGUCCCUGAAGAUUUGUUGCAGACUGGUAAAAAGACGAUACCGGAAUUGAAAGCUCUCAGUACAUUGUCGAAUCAGAUCACAGGUUGGGUAGCGGAUAGUAUCUUGAAUGAAACGGAUGCGAAGAAACGAGCGAGUCUAGUGAAAUUCUUCAUCAAAUUGGCUGAUAAAUGCUUGAUGAUGUACAAUUUCUCUACGAUGUUUGCCGUUCUGGCCGGCUUGAACAGUAGUACCAUUUUGCGGCUGAAGAAGACAUGGGAUGCCCUUCCUACCAAGUACAAAGUGACUAUCGAAAGACUUCGAGGUGUCAUUGAGCACACCAAGAACCAUGCAGCUUAUCGAGUGAGGUUACGUGAAGCACCUACGCCUUGUCUUCCAUUCCUUGGUUUGAUACUCACCGAUAUCACGUUCACCUCCGACGGUAAUCCAAGCACACGUCCCUCGGUGCUUGAGCCCGAUAUCAUUUUGAUCAAUCAGGACAAAUACAACAAGCUAGGUAGGAUCGCAAUGGACUUUAAGAGAUACCAGGAGCCAUUCAAUUUCCACGAGUUGGAAGCUGUGCAGACGUUCUUGAAGCGCGUGUUGACUGAGAGAGGAAGUGGGUCGGUCGAUGCCCUGUACAGGAAAUCUCUGAUGCUUGAACCUAGACAAGGGUCAGAGAGGUUUAGUUCGAACGUUGAAAGGCCAAAUUGGUUGAGUGGUAAAAUAUAA